GCAGAACGCUUGGUGGCGCUGCAGGCUAAGAGAGUGAAAAAGUCUGCAGAUUCCUAGACUGCACAAAAGCUGAUCAGUUUCUAGCAGCUCAUAAGGAAACAACACUGCGAGGGGUAGGUUUCAGAGAGGCAGCUAUCCGCCUGUCAGUCAAGGUUAAGAAGAACUAAGUCAAGAUUACUAAAGCAAGAUAGCAGAGUUGGCUGCAAAGCAAUUAUUUUGUGAUUAAACACUGCAUCUUUUGGACUUGGACGAAUGACGGGGAUGCCAGUACCCAAAGCGACACAGAAAAGGCAAGUGACCACCAUUAUUAUUCUAUUACUAUUGUGGGAUGUGGGUGGUGUGAUCAUUAAAUAUUCCGUUCUAGAAGAGAGGGACAGCGGCUCAUUUGUGGCCAAUCUAGCAAAAGAUGUCAGGUUGGGCUUAGGGGAACUGGCCGCGCGGGGCGCCCGGAUUCUUUCCAAAGGGAAUAAACAGUAUUUGGAGCUCGAGCAGAAGAGUGGGAACGUGUUCCUAAAAGAAAAACUGGACCGGGAAGAGUUGUGCGGUGACACAGAUCCCUGUAUAGUGCAUUUCCAGGUGUUACUGAAAAACCCAGUGCAGUUUAUUCAAGGUGAAUUACAGCUCCAAGACAUAAAUGACCAUGCCCCAGAAUUCUUGGAAAAUGAAAUCGUCCUGAAAAUCUCAGAAAGCAGCCACCCAGGGACUGCAUUUCCUUUGAAAAUAGCUCAAGAUUUAGAUGUGGGCUGUAACACAGUUCAGAACUACACAAUUAGCACCAACUUCCAUUUCCACCUUUUCACUCGAAAUCAUAGUGAUGGCAGGAAAUACCCAGAGCUGGUGCUGGACAAAGAACUGGACCGUGAGGAGCAGCCAGAGCUCAGGUUAACCCUCACGGCGCUGGAUGGUGGGUCACCGCCCAAGACUGGGACUUCCCAGGUUCUCAUCCUGGUCCUGGACAUAAAUGACAAUGCUCCUGAAUUUGCUCAGCAGCUCUAUGAGGUGCAGGUCCCAGAGAACAGCCUUGUAGGCUCCCUGGUCAUCACUGUCUCUGCUAGAGAUUUGGAUGCUGGGACCUACGGAGAGCUCUCCUACUCGUUUUUCCAAUCCUCAAAUCAAGUCAUUCAGGCCUUUGAACUAAACACAGUUACGGGGGAUAUUCUAUUAAAAAAACAGUUGGAUUUUGAGGAAAUUCGAUCUUACCAUAUGGAAAUUGAAGCCUCAGAUGGUGGUGGUCUUUCAGGAAAAUGCACCGUAGCUAUAGAAGUGACGGAUGUAAACGACAACGCCCCUGAAUUGACCGUGUCAUUACUCAUCAGUGAUAUCCCAGAAAACACCCCUGACACUGUGGUAGCUAUUUUCGGAAUUUCAGAUCCAGAUGCCGGGGACAAUGGCAAAAUGAUGUGCUCCAUCCAAGAACAUCUCCCCUUCCUUCUGAAACUUACUGUAGGAAAUUUCUACACUUUGGUAACAGAAGGAGCGCUGGACAGAGAGAUCAAAGCACAGUACAACAUUACAAUCACCGUCACUGACAUGGGGACACCCAGACUGAAAACGGAGCACAACAUAACAGUGCUGGUGUCCGACGUCAACGACAACGCCCCCGCCUUCACCCAGGCCUCCUACACCCUGCGGGUCCGCGAGAACAACAGCCCCGCCCUGCACAUCGGCACCGUCAGCGCCACAGACACAGACGCCGGCGCCAACGCCCAGGUCACCUACUCGCUGCUGCCGCCCGCCGACCCGCACGUGCCCCUGGCCUCCCUCGUGUCCAUCAACGCCGACAACGGCCACCUGUUCGCCCUGCGGUCCCUGGACUACGAGGCCCUGCGCGCCUUCGAGUUCCGCGUGGGCGCCGCCGACCGCGGCUCGCCGCCGCUGAGCAGCCAGGCGCUGGUGCGCGUGCUCGUGGAGGACGACAACGACAACGCGCCCUUCGUGCUGUACCCGCUGCAGAACACCUCGGCGCCCUGCACCGAGCUGCUGCCCAGGGCGGCCGAGCCGGGCUACCUGGUGACCAAGGUGGUGGCGGUGGACGGCGACGCGGGCCAGAACGCCUGGCUGUCGUACCAGCUGCUCAAGGCCACGGAGCCCGGGCUGUUCGGCGUGUGGGCGCACAACGGCGAGGUGCGCACGGCCAGGCCGCUGAGCGAGCGCGACGCGGCCAGGCACAGGCUGCUGGUGCUGGUCAAGGACAAUGGCGAGCCGCCGCUGUCGGCCAGCGUCACGCUGCACGUGCUGCUGGUGGACGGCUUCUCGCAGCCCCACCUGCCGCCCCCGGAAGCGGAAGCGGAAGCGGAGGCGGCGGCCGCGGCGCCGGCCGACCCGCUCACCGUCUACCUGGUGGUGGCCUUGGCGUCCGUGUCGUCGCUCUUCCUCUUCUCGGUGCUGGUGUUCGUGGCGGUGCGGCUGUGCGGGCGGGGCGGGGCUGCGCGGGCGGGUCGCUGCUCGGUGCCCGAGGGCCCCUUCCCGGGCCACCUGGUGGACGUCAGCGGCACCGGCACCCUGUCCCACAGCUACCAGUACCAGGUGUGUCUGAGCGGAGGUACUGGGACGAGCGAAUUCAAGUUUCUCAAACCUGUUGUCCCCAGCUUCCUGAGUGAAGGGACUGGUACAGACUCCGAGGAAAACUCUAACUUUGGAAAUCAUUUUGAGUUCAAUUAGGAAUCUCACCUGAAAUACGUGAUAAAUGGUAAUAUUCACUAAUGUAUUCAUUUCCAACCCUUUUAUUCACAUAAACAGCUUACAUACUCAUACAUCUGUAAGUAUUUUCAUAUUUAUAGUUAUUUUAACCUAAAGUAUUUGAAGUACUUUACAAAUAUCUAGGUGUUUUAUUGUUGCUUCUUUUUUUUAAAAAAGCCCUUCACAUUUUGCAUGUAAGAUGAGACAUUUAGCAAAUGGUGUUUCUCAGGUUUUGUGAGGUCAGAUUUUGGAAGUCACAAAUGUUGUGAGGUUCCUGAUAUUUGAGCUUGUUCGUUGAUAUCUUGUUAUUAUUAGAACUGUUUUACGAUUAUCAUCAGCAUGUCUAACUAUUGUAAAUGAUGGCUUUUAGUUUUAAAAAUUAUUUUCACUUAUGCAAAAAAUUCUGUGCCCCUUUAAAUUGUUGGACUUCUGUAGUUUUGUUUCAAAAACACCACUGUCUUUCCUCAAAUGAACUAAUAUUUUAUCUGGAUGUUUUCUUAGUAUUUUCUUUCAAAAUUGUUAUCACUUAAGUAGACCAUCUACUAUAAUUUUAAAGCA